AUGGGCGAACCGGGCUAUGGCGGCGCCACUUGGGGCGACGACCUUCAGAUCUACAAGGCCAAGAAGGCGGUCGUGCCGUGGCGCACUGAGGACCAACUGCCUGUCAAGCACGUGACGCGGUACGUGAAAGCCCGAGAAGAGCGCGAGUACGACCUCGUGCGGGCCGAGUACCGCGAUGUCCAGCGUGAAGCGGCGACCAAGGACAUGGAGAUCAAGGCCCGCCUCGAGCACCUCAUGGCGGCCAAGGCCAAGCAGAGCAAAUACGUUCAAAAACACAACUUGAUCAACCACUACUGCGCCGAGAAGGAUCCGCCGAUCUCGACGAACCUGCCGCCCAACACGCGCGUCGGCUACAACAUUGUGACCAACGUGGCGCUCACGACGCCGCCGAGCAAGGUGGUCAAGCCCGAGGAUGCGUACAAGGGCAAGAAAAUGGUCGAGUCGCCGCACAUUUCCAGGCCGUUUAGCGUCAUCAGCAACAAGUACCACACGGAGCACGAGACGCGUGCGCUGGCCGAAACCGAAGCCGCCAAAGCCAAAGCCAUCGCCAAGUUCAACAAGACGCGCGACUUUGACCCGCUCCUCUCGCGCUACUACAAUGCCGACAAAGAAGCGUCGUUUCUCGCUGCUCGGGACGCCUAUGCCAAAGUGCACGGUGUGGGCCGCGACGAUACACUGCCGUACGGCGAGCAGUACAGCGCUGGGCGUCUCUACAACAUAAUCAACCAAAAGAUUCUGCGCCCGGAAAAGUACGCCAAGGUGACCAACGUGGUCAACCGCCGGCUCAACUGCAUGAAGACCACGCAAGUCAACAAGGCGAUUCAAGCACGGGCCUUCCAAGAGGAGGACCGCGCGCUGGAUCUGCGCUUGAACCGGUCGACGCAUGCGCGAAAUAGCCAAGCCUACGUGCACGGGUUCGAUCCCGUGACCAACCAGCCGUUCGAAGGCCGGUUGCGGAAGCCCAAGGUGCCACUGCGCACCAAAUCGCAUCCGACGCCGUGGGUGCGUCUCGAGGGUCCAUCAAGCAAUCAAGUAACCGAGAAUGCCUUGCCGCGCGUGGCUGAGCCCAUGCCGUACUCGGGUGUCAACCAGAUCCAGCCGGAAAUCAUGUUUGUUGAGCACGAGACGACGAAUCUGCCGCGGCUCGGGUCAUAG